CCCGGUCGCCGCCGCCGCCGCCGCCAGGGUGCCUCAGGCCUCGGCCAUGAAGCGCAGCGACCCGCUGCUGCCCCAGCACCGGCACCACCACGGCGCCGGCGGCGGCGGCGGCGACAACAACGGCGGCGGCGCGGCCGAGGCGCUCGUCAGCCCCGACGGCACCGUCACCGAGGCGCCGCGCACCGUUAAGAAGAUCCAGUUUGCCGACCAAAAGCAGGAAUUCAACAAGCGCCCGACGAAGAUCGGCCGCCGCUCGCUGUCCCGCUCCAUCUCGCAGUCGUCGACCGACAGCUACAGCUCAGCUGCCUCCUACACAGACAGCUCCGACGAUGAGACCUCCCCCCGCGACAAGCAGCAGAAGAACUCCAAAGGCAGCAGCGAUUUCUGCGUGAAAAACAUCAAGCAGGCGGAGUUUGGGCGCCGAGAGAUCGAAAUUGCUGAACAAGAAAUGCCUGCGCUGAUGGCUUUGAGGAAGAGAGCUCAGGGAGAGAAGCCGCUGGCUGGGGCCAAGAUCGUGGGCUGCACGCACAUCACAGCACAGACAGCCGUCCUGAUGGAGACCCUGGGUGCGCUGGGUGCCCAGUGCCGAUGGGCUGCAUGCAACAUUUACUCUACUCUCAACGAAGUGGCUGCUGCCCUCGCCGAGAGCGGGUUCCCUGUCUUCGCCUGGAAGGGAGAAUCCGAAGACGACUUCUGGUGGUGCAUCGAUCGCUGCGUCAAUGUCGAAGGAUGGCAGCCCAACAUGAUCCUGGAUGACGGAGGCGACCUCACGCACUGGAUUUACAAGAAAUACCCCAACAUGUUUAAGAAGAUCAAGGGGAUAGUGGAGGAGAGCGUGACCGGUGUCCACAGGCUGUACCAGUUGUCUAAAGCCGGGAAGCUCUGCGUGCCAGCCAUGAACGUCAACGACUCGGUCACGAAGCAGAAGUUCGACAACCUGUACUGCUGCAGGGAGUCCAUCCUGGACGGCCUUAAGAGGACAACAGACAUGAUGUUUGGAGGGAAGCAGGUCGUGGUUUGUGGCUACGGGGAGGUAGGAAAGGGCUGCUGCGCGGCGCUGAAGGCCAUGGGCUCCAUCGUGUACGUGACUGAGAUCGAUCCCAUCUGCGCCCUGCAGGCCUGCAUGGACGGAUUCCGGCUCGUGAAACUCAACGAAGUCAUCAGGCAGGUUGACAUCGUCAUCACCUGCACAGGCAACAAGAACGUGGUGACCAGGGAGCACCUGGACCGGAUGAAGAACAGCUGCAUCGUCUGCAACAUGGGGCACUCCAACACGGAGAUCGACGUGGCGAGCCUGCGCACACCGGAGCUGACCUGGGAGAGGGUGAGGUCCCAGGUGGACCACGUCAUCUGGCCAGACGGGAAAAGAAUAGUCCUCCUGGCGGAGGGCCGCCUGCUGAACCUGAGCUGCUCCACCGUCCCCACCUUCGUGCUCUCCAUCACUGCCACCACGCAGGCUCUGGCUUUGAUAGAGCUGUACAACGCUCCCGAGGGCCGCUACAAGCAAGAUGUCUACUUGCUGCCUAAGAAGAUGGACGAAUACGUGGCGAGCCUCCACCUCCCGACGUUUGACGCGCACCUGACAGAGCUCACCGACGAGCAAGCCAAGUACCUGGGGCUGAACAAGAACGGGCCCUUCAAACCCAACUACUACAGGUAUUAAAGUUCCUGCUGCCGUAGCCAGAAUCGUAAGGAACAAGAACCCAAGUCUUUUCUCAACUACUGUACAGGAUGAAACAGUGCAAGCUUCCUAAGUUAGAGCCGGGCUUGCUCAUGUAGUAGACAGUGUGUUAGGUUAUUUAUUUAUUAAAUUAGAAUACUGUACAUGCGGCCUCUGCCACUGGUGUUUGUACUGCCAUGGGACUGGGAGACGGUUGAUUCCUUUCCGUUUGUUUCAUUUUUCUCUUUCGGUUGUUCUUUUCCGGGGCUGGGAGGAUGGGGAGCGAGUGCUGCGGGGCGAGGAAGAAGCUGCUGGAGCCGAUUUGCUGCAGGGCACCGCACGCCGUCCGCUGUCACCGCUGCUCCGACGCGUGCAGGCAGAGGGGAGGUGGAGGCUGCGCCCUGCUUCUGGUCCCGGCCGCUUCUUCCAGCAGAGUGCAAUCCCCAGCAGCUGCAGGGACUGGAGAGGGCAUGCAGGGCAGGAGAGUGCUGGGACUUCAUCUCCCAUGCUGUUGGAAAUGCAGUGAAAAAACGUGUCUGUUCUGGAUGCUGCUGAUGGGCUGGUGGAGAAGCAGCGAACUGACCGGCGACCGCUGGGGAAACCGCUCGGAAAUCUGCUCAGCUGCCCCCGGGACAGAUCUGCCAGCGCCUCGGUGAACUUCGCCUUCGCUCUGCUGAAAGCUGUAAGGAAGGGUCCGAGCCCUGCCCCGAGGAUGUGUCAGGAGCCGGCAGCAGAGCGGUGCCAGGUCCGGCAGCCCCCCGAAGACGUGGAGGUGGUGGCGUGGAUGCAGCCCUGCUCCCCGCCGAGCCGCUCCGCGGCGUUGUCCUGCUGCUUCCAUUCCGAGUGCCAACCUUUUGCCGUGCAACCAAAGCUAUUUUCCUCGUGGGGCCUUGCACCGCCACUGACGGAUGCUGCUCACGCUUCUCCGAAAUGCAGCCAGAGCGCGCCAGGUCUCAGUCCUCCCUGGGAGUCUUUGGAGUCUGAUUUUCUGGUAAUAUUUGUCCAUUAUCGUGAUAAAUCAGGAAAUCCCCUUCGAGUGUAGGAGAUGUACUCCGGAGUAAUCCCCACCCCGAUUCUGUGCACGGGGCAGAGGGUCGCAAGCAGAGCUCAGAAUCACUAAAACCCUUCAGUAGCAUCAAAUCUUGACGUCUUAGAGUCGACGGACAGCAAAUUUGGCACCGCUGCCUGUCGGAGCCCUGGACGUCCUGCCCCAACGCUGCGACCAGCCCCGCGCUCCCCAGGCGCGUCUCACCGGUGUCGCUUACGGCUCGCCCCGAGAACAUGGCCCUUGUAAAGUGAAUUUGCUGACCUUGGGAGCACAAAAGCCUUUCGUUUAUCCUGUGGUUGCUGCUUCGGUGCCAGAGUCCCCCAUGAGAUCCUCGUUUUGUCCUCGCAGGCUUCGUGAAGACUCCCCUGAGGCAGCUCGUUCACGCACAAGGAAGGAGAAGCCGUGGCACCGCGGUCCCUGCGGCCACGUCCUCCGCGCAGCUCCUGGCGGCGAGGCCUCGCUCAGCUUCUCCGCAAGGCGCUCGCCUCCAGGGCAGGCUUUCUCCUUCACUUUCUUAUUCCGAGUUUCUCUGAAAUUUGUCAAAACGAGAGAAGCGAGGGACGCGUCGUGGACCAGUCGCUAACCACGAACUCGAAAUUCUCUCUACUCGCAACUCUUAUCCAGAUCCAAAAUUCUGGGAAGAGUGCACCGAGCUGCUGCAGAUUUUGUGGUCGGGUCUUUCCCAGGGCUGGGACGGUGGCAGCCCGCCCCGCAACCCAGGGCUCUGCUGUACCCCAUAGCCCAAAAAUCCCGCUCCCAGCCCGGCGUGCCCAGGGUGCUCGUGAUGCCUUCGCCUCGCACGACGGCAGCAAUGCUUUAAUUCCCUCGGGGAUGGCGGCUGCAGGGUCGUGCUGAGCGUCCUUCGGGUCCCCGACGCAGCCGAUUCUGCCCCGAGGAAGCUCGCCCGCCGCCGUCCGUCGCUUGCGCAGCACGCGGUGGUGCUGGCCUCGUCCGCCAAGUCGCUCGUGCCGAUUUUUUAAGCCCGAUUUAUCUUCCAGGUAGAUAGGAGAAAAUAAAUAAAUAAGUGAAAAUCGCCCCACCUGGCUUUUCUCCCCCUCGAUUUUUAAAGCUCUUCUCCAUGUCGUUCCGCUUCUGUAAGCUUUUUUGCUUGCUUGGCUUUUCCUAAUCAAUCUGGAAUCAUAUUCUGUGAUCAUCUCUAAAUUAAACGUGUAAUGGGUUUGGGUUUUGGUUUUUCUCUUUUUUUUUUAAUGUAACGCAUUUUUAAAGAAUUAGGAAAAGGAGAUUUAGGUAACACCAGCAAAAUUGUAUAAGGAAAAUAAUUCUGUUCUGAACUUCACAGCGAGACAAAACUGUCAUCAGCCUGCAGUGGGGAAACGAAAACUUUGCAAUCGUAACAUUUUCAAAAGGAUGUUUUAAAUAUUAAUGUAUGAGUGAUUGUAUUAGAUCAGCAAUAAAGACUCUGUAAUCUCAAAACACAAAUAAAACAUUGGAAAAACGA